UGAUUGAUAAAAUUUGCAGUAUCGAAAUGGUGAGGCCUACUGGUAGUGGUGGCGGUGGUAGAUCGGAGAAAAAGGAGGGGCGUUACAAGGGUGUGAGGAUGAGAAAAUGGGGGAAAUGGGUUGCAGAAGUCCGUCAACCCAACAGUCGUGAUAGAAUAUGGUUGGGGUCAUAUGACACGGCGGAGGAGGCCGCCAGAGCUUAUGACGCCGCUCUUUUCUGUUUACGUGGUCCGUCUGCGUUGAUUAAUUUCCCCGCCCAUCCACCGGACAUCCCCGUCACCGCAGAUCUCUCUCCGUCCCAGAUACAGGUGGCAGCUUCCCGGCAUGCUCGUGGCUUGUCGACGGAUUCUUCCUCGUUGACCCAAGUCGGCAAUCCCAAAACGGGGUAUCAGGAAGACCCGGAAAGUAAUAUAUUUAGAGAGUAUCGGAGUUAUUUCCCGGCGGAGGACGGUGGUGGUAGUGGUGAUGGAGGAGGAGAUGAUGAGAACGUGGUUUUUGAGACGCAGCGUUUGUGGGCGUAUUGAAGAAGGGAAAGAUUUGUUGAUUACAGGAGGAUAGAUAGGUAGGUAUGAAAAAGUAUUAAAUUAAAUUAUUUACAAGUUGUUUUGAUUUGUUAAACACGAUAAAAAAAUAAUGUGAUAAUAUGAUAAAAUUAAUAAUGAUCUUAUUUAGUUCUUUA